AUGGAUGGAAAGACAGUGAUCGUCACUGGAUGCACCAGUGGAAUCGGGAAAGAAACUGCAAGGGAUUUGGCAAAGAGAGGCGCAAGGGUUAUCAUGGCGUGUAGGAACAUGGAGCUAGCUGAAAAAGUUAAAGACGAAAUCGUCAAAGAAACAGACAACACAAAGGUGAUAGUAAAAAAACUAGAUCUUUCCUCAUUUGCAUCAAUUCGCGCGUUCGCUGAAGACGUGAACAAGUCUGAGACUAAGUUGGACGUACUAAUACACAACGCGGGCUACGCACAAUCCUUCAGGAAGGUGAAAACGGAAGAUGGCCUGGAGAUGACAAUGGCUACCAACCAUUACGGGCCGUUCCUUCUCACACACCUUCUCAUAAACCUCCUCAAGAAGAGUUCUCCAUCCAGGGUGGUCGUAGUAUCAUCUUCCCUGUACAGAUUAGCUAGAGUGAACCUGGAAAAUCCAAACCCACUGGACACGAUGCCCGGAUACUUGUACUACGCGUCUAAGGAAGCCAACAUCCUAUUCACCAAAGAGUUGGCUCGGCGUCUCGAAGGCACUGGCGUUACAGCGAACUGCCUGCACCCAGGGUUAAUAGACACUGGCAUCUGGAAUUCGGUUCCUGCACCGUUGAGCUGGGGCUUGGCGCUGAUUAUCAAGGGCUUCUUCAAGACACCAGAACAGGGUUGCCAGACAACAAUUAAGUUGGCCGUCGAUGAGAAGCUUCUGAAAGUAAGCGGGAAAUACUUCUCCGAUUGUCAAGAGAGCUACGUAUCGGAUUCGGCAAGUGAUAUGGGCAAGGCUAGAAAGUUCUGGGAAAUUUCAGAGAAGCUGGUGCAAUUGGAGGAAGCUGAUCCGAGGCUUUGA